AGUGGGGAGAGAUGAAUGUAGAUAAAAGGAGUGCAAAACGCACUAGGAAGCCCCAGUGCUCCGGAUCCUCCAAUCUCCGCUCCUUCACUCAGUUCAGGAACCCGCGACUGCUCGCAGAGCUCUCUUGACCACUAUGAGCCUCCUGCCCGGCUGCGCGGCCCCUGUCCCGGGUCCUUCGGGCUCCUUGUGCGCGCUACUCGCGCUGCUGCUGCUGCUGUUGACGCCACCAGGGCCCCUCAGCACAGGGGGUCCUGUCGCUGCUGCGUUGAGAGAGCUGCGUUGCAGUUGUUUACAGACCACGCAGAGAGUUCAACCCGAAAUGAUCAGUAAUCUGCAGGUGUUCGCCAUAGGCCCGCAGUGCUCCGAGGUGGAAGUGGUAGCCUCCCUGAAGAACGGGACGGAAGUUUGUCUGGAUCCACAAGCCCCUUUUCUAAAGAAAGUCAUCCAGAAAAUUUUGGGCCGUGAAAACAAGGACAACUGAUGAAGAGAAAUGAGUACGCAUGGAAACGUUUCCCAGUCUUCAGCAGAGCAGUUUUCUGGAGGUCUCUGGACCCAGGGAAGACAAGAAGGAAGGAUUUUGUUGUUGUUUGUUUGUUUAUUUCUUUUUCCAGUAGUUAGCUUUCUUCCUGGAUUCCCCACUUUGCAGACUGUGAGGAAAACCUAUGUUUGCCCCUUAAGCUUUCAGCUCAGCUAAUGAAGUGUUUAGCAUAGUACCUCUGCUAUUUGCUGUUAUUUUAUCUGCUAUGCUAUUGAAGUUUUUGGCAAUUGACUAUACUGUGAGGCAAGAAUCCCUGGUUGUUAAUCUUUCAAAGUGUCCUGAAUUGAAGGUGACUAUUACAUGUCCAAGAAAUAUUCCUUAAGGUAUUAACUGAGAAGACUGGAUUUAAUAUGGAAAUGAUGUUUCAUAAGAAUUCUGUCGAUGGAGAUACACUGUUAUCUUCACCUUUUUAAGAAAUAGGAAAUAUUUUAAUGUUUCUUGGGGAAUACGUCCGAGAAUUUCCUUACUCUU